AUGCAGAGCACUGCAAAUUAUCUUUGGCUGCUCUCCGACAUUCUGGGACAAGGAGCAACUGCCAAUGUGUUUCGUGGACGCAAUAAGAAAACAGGAGAUUUAUAUGCUGUCAAGGUGUUUUAAUAACUUGAGCUUCCUUCGUCCUGCGGAUGUUCAAACAAGGGAGUUUGAAGUUUUGAAAAAGCUUAACCACAAGAACAUUGUGAAACUCUUCGCAAUUGAGGAAGAGAUGUCAAGUCGACAUAAAGUGCUGGUCAUGGAAUAUUGUCCAUGUGCUAGUUUGUAUUCUGUUCUUGAAGAACCUACAAAUGCAUUUGGAUUACCUGAGUCAGAGUUUCUUAUUGUGUCACGUGAUGUUGUGGCAGGAAUGAAUCACCUAAGAGAAAAUGGAAUAAUCCACAGAGACAUCAAGCCUGGAAACAUUAUGCGGGUGGUUGGUGAAGAUGGGCAGUCUGUGUACAAGCUGACAGACUUUGGUGCAGCUAGGGAAUUAGAAGAUGAUGAGCAGUUUGUUUCUCUCUAUGGCACCGAAGAAUAUCUGCAUCCAGACAUGUAUGAGCGUGCUGUGCUUAGAAAAGACCACCAAAAGAAGUAUGGUGCCACUGUGGAUCUUUGGAGUAUUGGGGUGACAUUUUACCAUGCAGCUUGUGGAGUUCUUCCAUUCAGGCCUUAUGAGGGACCACGCAGGAACAAGGAAGUUAUGUAUAAAAUAAUUACUGGAAAGCCAUCUGGUGCAAUAUCUGGUGUUCAGAGGGCAGAAAAUGGUCCGAUAGAAUGGAACUGGGAUUUGCCACUGAGCUGCAAUUUGUCUUCGGGCUUGCAAGCUCUCUUCACUCCAGUGCUGGCAAAUAUUCUAGAAGCUGACCAGGAGAAAUGUUGGGGUUUUGAACAGUUCUUUGCAGUCACUAAUGAUAUAUUCCAUCGAAUUGUGAUCCAUGUAUUCUCCCUACAGCAAAUGACCCUUCACAAGAUAUAUAUACACACAUAUAAUACGCCUGCAGAUUUUCAUGACUUAAUCUACAAGCAGACAAAAAUUCCAUCCCAGAACCAGGAGCUGCUGUUUGAAGGAAGGAGGCUAGUUCUAGAGACAAACAGACAGGCACAGCACUUUCCUGGCACCACAGAGGAAAACCCAAUUAUAGUGGUUACUCGAGAGAUGUUGACCAUCAUUGGGCUACGAUAUGAGGAAGUAUAUGUGCCGAAACUUCAAACACCUUAUGAUCUGGAUUAUGAUGCAAAUUUAGCAAAAGCAGUGACCGGGAUUGUUUGCUACUAUUGUAAAGUUGCCUCAGACUUGCUGCUUAUACAGGAGCUUACAAGAAAAGGAAUUUCUUGGCUUAUUGAAGUAAUGAAGAAUGAGUACAAUGAGACUGUCCAUAAGAAUACUGAAGUUACUAUCAGAUUCAACUUCUGCAACAGAACGGUAGAAAAGGACCUGAAAAUUUAUGAACAUAUGAUGCAGAUAAAUGUGGAACGAGAAAUAUACGACAUACAUUCCAAGCUUCUACUGGUGAGUGUUCUUUCCUUGCUUUUAUGCUUGCCUGCUAAGGUUCAAAUGUGCACAUUACCCUGGAACUGCUUUUUAAAGCUGUAUACUUGGGACAUAAUGAUAAUUAGAGGUGCAACUAACGAUUAUUUUCAUAAUCAAUUAGUUGGCCAAUUAUUGUUUCGAUUAAUCAAAUAA